AUGGUUGCAAGGAAGGCCAGGACAACGCUGUGGUGUGUGGUGCGCGCUUUCUACGCUCAAGCGGAGGAGCUGCGAAACCCGCAGCUGGCCGGCAAGCCGAUCGGCGUCACGCAGAAGUACCUCAUAGUCACCUGCAACUACCCCGCCAGGGCGGCAGGCGUAGGCAAGCUUAUGGGCAUAUCUGAGGGCCUCAGGCGCUGCCCUAGCUUGGUGCUGAUCCCCGGGGAGGACCUGACCCCAUACCGCGCCGCCUCGAAAGCCAUCUCUGCGGUGCUGCAGCGCUUCGGCCCUGCGCAGCGCCUCGGCAUGGACGAGCUGUUUGUCGACGCGACCCAAGAGGUGGAGGCCCGCCUCCGCGCGUGGGGCGGGCGGCCGCCGCCGGGGCUCACGUGGUGCGGCCACCUCCAUUCAGGGUCUGCGCCACUAAUCGCGGACAGCCGGCACCGGCCCCAAGACCUGCGUGCGCCGCCGGGAAAGAGUGCAGGCCGGCACGAGCAGCGGCAGGGGCAGGAGGCGAAGCAGGAGCAGCAGCAGCAGCGGCAGCAGCAGCAGGUGCAGCAGGUGCAGCAACAGCAGCAUCAGCAGCAACAGCAGCAGUUGGAGAGCCAGGAGGGCAGGGCUGAAGGAUGGCAGCUUGAGGAUGAGAGGGUGCUCGAGGCCUUCGAGCAGCAGCAGCAGGAGCAGGAGCAGCGACAGCAGCAGCAGCAGCAGCAGCACCAGCAGCAGCAGCACCGCGAGGUAGCAGACGACGCGCUCCUUGGGCAGCCAUGGCAGGUAUCAGCAACGCAGCAGCCGGCGGCCUGGGUCGCACGGCUGAUGGUGGGGAGCGCCAUAGCACAGGAGGCACGUGCGGCGGUCAAGGCAGAGACUGGCUUCCGCUCUUCCGCUGGCAUUGCCUGCAACAAGCUCCUGGCCAAGCUAGUCAGCGGCGUUCACAAACCAGAUGACCAGACCAUCCUGCCACCACCGGAGGCCUGGGCCUUCCUGGAGCCGCUACCAGUGCGCGCGCUGCCAGGCAUCGGCUACAAGCUGGCGCAGCAGCUGGCGCAGCUGGGCGUGGCCACGGUGGCCGAGCUGCGGCGCGUCAGCUUGCAGCGGCUGACCGCCACCCUAGGGGAGAGCCAGGGCGCCAUGGUGCACGGGCUGUGCCGCGGGCUAGACCCCUCACUGGUGCGGCCGUCCACCGCGCCCAAGAGCAUCACCGUGGAGGACUCGUUCGCGGGGUGCGCCACCUGGGAGGCCGUGCGCGCGGUGCUGCAGGUGCUCGCGCCAGACCUUCUGGCCCGCAUCCACGAGGAGUGGCACGAGCGCCGCCGCCGCCCCCACACGCUCACCGUCCGCUGGCGCAGCAAGGGCGCCGGCUGGCAGCGCGCCGGCGCGAGCGUCCCCAUGCCGCUGCCUGGCCCGCUGGCGGGCCCUCCCGGCCAGAAAGAGGCGGACGCACUUGUGAGGGCGGCGCUGGGGCUGCUGAGGCAGCAGCUGCGCGGCAGCUUCGACCUGUCUCUCAUAAAUCUUGGGGCCACCAACAUCAAGGACGAGGGGCCGGGGCCGGGGGCGUUCGACACGGGCGCCUUCGCUCGGCUGCUUGGUGGAGGCGGCGGCGGCGGCGGCGGCAGCGCAGUGAUCCCAGGCUGCGACACAGCAUACUGCAAGUUUGAGAUGGUGGCGGGGGAGGACUGGCAGCUGCUGGACGGGAUGGAAAGCGGCAUCACGCAGGUGGUGGUCAGCGUGUAUGGCGUUGACGCGUGGGGACGUGAUGUCAUCCAAGGGUACGGCAGCAUGCACCUGCCCACCUGCCCCGGCAGGUAUGAGCUGAAAGUGCGGCUGUACAAGCCCCGGUCUGCGUCGCCGCUGCAGGCGUUCCUCAGCUGGCUGUCCGGCAUGCCCGCAGAGUUCGCAGACCACCGCUUCCCCGCCUACGGCUCCGGCCGCGAGGUGACGCGGGUGGCGUCCGGCGGCUGGGUGACUGUGGCGGUCAACAUGCUGACCAAGGACAUGGGCAGCUUUGGCUACGUGGACGGCAGCGGCCGCGACCAGGCGCCGUGCAGCAGAGUAGUGCAGCUGUGA